AUGAGUAUCCAGACCCCACCCAGACUCCUUGACCUGGUGGGAAUGCACCUGCUGAGGGAUGAUGACUUGGCCUUUUCUACUCUGGAGAGUCUGCCCACAGAGCUCUUUCCACUUUUCCUGGAAGCCUUCCAUGGAAGAUGUGUUGAGAUCCUGAAAGCCAUGGUGCAAACCUGGCCUUUUGGCCGCUUGCCUCUGGGGGCCCUGAUUGACCUGCCUCAUGUGGGGCCCCUACAGCUUGAAGCACUCGAUGUCCUGCUUGCCCAGAAGAUCCGAUCCAGACUCAGGAGGUGCAAACUGCGGGUGCUAGAUUUACAAAAUAUAGGCCAGAGCUUCUGGAGCAUGUGGUCUAGAGCCAGCAGUUAUGGGUGCUCAAGCUCACAAAUGGCAGCAGUGGCUGAGCCCAGGUCAAUGACAAAGCAGCACUUGGCUCCACUGAAGAUUUUUAUGGACCUUUGCCUGAACAAAAAGACCCUGGACAACUUCCUCACCUACUUCCUUCGGUGGGUGGAGCAGAGAAAGUCUUCCAUCCACCUGUGUUGUUAA